GGGGUUUAAUACUGAGGGGUUCGUUGUCCUGGUCGCUUUGCUUGCCCCGUUUUCAGACCAGGCUUUGUUUGUGCUGCGUACUCCAGUAGAUUUACAAGUGUUUGUGUUGCCUUAUCUUCAAACUGAAACCUCCUGGUCUGAAGAGGAAGUGGGGAGGUGCGCGGCUUUAGGGAAUGAUGAGUGCCAGGACUAGUGCACUGAGGCCAUGGCUGUCCAAGCAGUGAAAGAAGGGGUUUCACCCACCCCUUGGGCUGCUCAUUUUCACCCGUGUCAGCACAGGCAUUUGUGUGCACAAUUAGAUUGGGAAGAAAAACCUAAUUUAAAGACGUCCAAAAAAAUCCAGAUCAGUUCCUAAAUGUUUUUGCUGGCCCAAGAGGGCAGAUGAGACUGCUGCCUUUCUGUAACUAAUGGUUUAUAGUGUAACAAGGUUUAUAGUGGAACAAGGGUAGGCAAAAGUAGAGUUCAUCUGCUGGACUGCACCCCUGUGCUCCUGAAAUAAAAUCCCACAGUUGUCAUCCUUUGGCCAUGGAUUACUUUUGAAGUUGUUUUUUGAUGCUUAGGAGCACGGCUAGGGGCAUUUUGACUUUUCUAAAGUCAGGACUUUUGUUUUGCUAUGCAUACAUUGCAAUGACAGCUGUGCUGUGCACCUUGUACUGCACUUGUGCCUCACCUGCCUGGGAGACCAGCUCGGGAGCUGGGUCUUGGAUGCUUCAGGAGAGCCACAGCCCUUCCCCUCCACGGGUGCCCCCUGGUCUAGUGCAUACCUAAGCUCUCAAAUCCAUGUGCACACAGCAGCACAAAUUCAAAAUCCUUUAUCCCAGAGGCAGGAAAGGCAGUGUUCCCAGUGUCCAAUACAAUGCCUUUAUUUACCAAGGCAAGCCAAGCAAACUUCUUGGAUAAGUACCAACUCUUGUUGGUUUAGUAACUGUUCAGUGUAAAGGUGUAGGCUGGCACAUGCAAGAACCCAGUUAACAGCAGGGCUUGCUCCACAGUGUGAGUUGGCCUCUUGGAGUCACACAGUUACAAAGCUGCAGUUUUCUGACUUCGGGCUCUCUGUGUUUGUCUGUAAUUUUGGAACUUCAGGGUGGACUCCCAGCCCCAUCCCAGUGAAACUCGCUGGAGCCUGGUGGGAACUCAGACGAUUCACCCUGCUGAGAAGGACACGUGCCUACAUCCCUGUGCAAGUCAGCAGGAACUGCAGAUCUGUGUCUGGAUAAUGCUGGCAGAGAGCCACUAAAGUUGUCUCCCCUUAGCUUACACAGACCUUUCCCAAGAUGGUUUCCUCAACUGAAUAUGGGUCGCACACCUGGGACCUCUUGCUGACAGUUGAUCAUCAACAUGAAGGUGUAGAAAAGGAAAUUCCACUACAGGUCACAGGAGACCUUCAUGUUGGAGGACUGAUGCUGAAAUUAGUAGAAAAAAUCAAAAUAGCACAAGAUUGGUCAGACUAUGCUUUUUGGUGGGAACAAAAAAACUGCUGGCUUCUGAAAACCCACUGGACACUGGAUAAAUGUGGGGUGCAAGCAGAUGCUAAGCUGAUCUUUACUACUCAGCACAAAAUGCUGCGGCUUCGCUUGCCAAACAUGAAGACUGUGAGACUGAAAGUCAGCUUCUCUUCCAUGGUGUUCAGGGCUGUCAGUGACAUCUGCAAAAUGCUCAAUAUCAGGCGGUCAGAAGAACUCUCUUUGUUGAAGCAAUCAGAAGGCACACUCAAAAAGAAAAAGAAAAAAGACAAGAACAGUAAAGAACCACCUACAGAAGAUAUUUUAAACCUGUGCAACUCUCCAGUGAGUUCUGGAUUACCAGCCAAUCCAGGUUUAUACAGUAAGACCAUGACACCCAUUUAUGAUCCUGUCAGUGGGUCACCAGCUUCUUCCACAAUUACUUGGUUCAGUGAUGGUUCCUUGGCUGAGCAGAACUGCAGCAUCCUGGCCCUCAGUCAUCCCACGUGUUCCCCAGAGAUGCUGGCAGAGAUGUACCAGCCACGAACUUUGGCUGACAAAGCCAAGCUCAAUGCAGGCUGGCUGGAUUCAUCUCGAUCACUUAUGGAACAAGGUGUUCAGGAGGAAGAUCAACUUCUUCUACGCUUUAAAUAUUACACUUUCUUUGAUUUGAAUCCAAAAUACGACGCGGUGCGCAUCAACCAGAUCUACGAGCAGGCCCGCUGGGCCAUCCUGCUGGAGGAGAUCGACUGCACCGAGGAGGAGAUGCUCAUCUUCGCCGCGCUGCAGUACCAUGUAAGCAAGUUAUCAUUAUCAUCAGACACACAAGAUUCCACCUGUGAAUCGGAAGUGGAUGAAGUAGAAGCCGCCCUUUCCAAUCUGGAAGUGACACUGGAAGGUGGAAAUAAAAGUAACAUUUUGGAGGACAUCACAGACAUCCCAAAACUUGCUGAUAAUCUCAAACUAGUUAGGCCCAAGAAGCUGGCACUUAAAGCUAUCAAGACAUAUUGGUUUGUGUUCAGAGACACUUCAAUAUCUUACUUUAAAAACAAGGAAUCUGCACAGGGAGAACCUAUUGAGAAACUAAACCUAAAAGGAUGUGAAGUUGUACCAGAUGUAAAUGUUGCAGCAAAGAAGUUUGGAAUCAAAUUACUAAUUCCUGUUGCGGAUGGCAUGAAUGAAGUAUAUCUAAGAUGUGAUAAUGAGGAUCAGUACGCUCGGUGGAUGGCCGCUUGUGUUUUGGCCUCCAAGGGCAGAACGAUGGCCGACAGCUCCUACCAGCCCGAGGUCCAGAAGAUCCUUUCCUUCCUCCAGAUGAAGAACUGGACCAUGUGUUCCCAGGCUGCCUCUGAGCCAGAGAAUGUAGAUAUGAAACCCGAGUGCUUCGUCUCACCGCGCUAUACCAAAAAAUUCAAGUCCAAGCAGCUGACUGCCCGUAUUCUGGAAGCCCACCAAAAUGUGUCCCAGAUGUCCCUGGUGGAGGCCAAGCUGCGUUUUAUCCAAGCCUGGCAGUCCCUCCCUGAGUUUGGUUUAUCCUACUACAUUGUAAGGUUUAAAGGAAGCAAGAAGGAUGAUGUGCUUGGGGUGUCCUACAACAGGCUGAUACGGAUAGACAUGGCCACAGGAGAUCCUAUCACCACGUGGAGGUUCUCCAACAUGAAGCAGUGGAAUGUGAACUGGGAAAUCCGCCAGGUUGCCAUCGAGUUUGACCAGAAUGUGUCCAUUGCUUUCACGUGCCUGAGUGCAGACUGCAAAAUCAUCCAUGAGUAUAUUGGGGGCUACAUCUUCUUGUCAACACGUUCCAAGGACCACAAUGAAACGCUGGAUGAAGAACUGUUCCACAAAUUAACUGGAGGUCAGGAAUGAGAUGAAGUAAACUCUCUUCCCACUGCCUGCUUCUUUUUAGAGCUAAGACUACCAGAGAUUAAACAAAAAUAUUGGAGUUUUGUUAGUUGCUGGUUACUAAUUAGUGUAUGUGUCUUGUCUUGUACUAAGACUGGAAUUGUUUACAGUUUUUGUUAAAUACUGAAGCUGAAGUCGCUGGAUACUGUACAGCAACUCCAUCAUCAGUACUUGAGAAAAUUGAAUUAUCUUUGGCUUCAUUUUGUACAGCUCAGUAUUUUUAAAUAAACAGUGUCUAGCCACUGGACAACUUUUUUAUCUAGUAUUUUUAAUUGCAGCAAUGUUUAAGCAUCCAGAAAAAGUAACUUGAGGAUAUGGUACAGUGAAUUUUCUUCUGUUACAGCCAGGCAACUUCUAUUGUUAAACUGGCCAUUGUUAAAGAGCCCAGCAUUUAUCAGAACUAAAGCAGAAUAAAUACGUAUUUUAAAGCUC